AUCAUUUAGGCGUAGUUCUUUAUAUCAGUCGAUCCCGCGUCGUCGAGAGCGCGCCCAGUGUCGGAAAAUAUUACAUCGCCCCCAGAAAUUUCCAUGCCAGAUAACAUCUCACAAAAAGGAUAAUUUUAGUAGCAAAAUGUCGCAAUCAUCGAUGCUCCGCCACCGGGUCUGCAGUUAAAACAAUACACGCAUUGGCAUGACAUAAUGCCUUUGAAAAUGCCAACCAGUCGCUGAAAUUGGGCUAUAAAUUGGCGCUCCGCUGCCGUGUGAUAUUGGAAAGUAACUUUUUCGCAUACUUAUUGCCGAUUGCGGGCGGUGACAAAAAGCGAAGUUGCAUUGCACCGAGUUUUUUGCGCAUAUUUGCGCGUUUUAAUUGCCACAACCACGAAAGCGGCAGCAUUGACACCGGCGACGACUGCAGCAGCAACUUCUGGCCGUCACCAUGGAGAAUCUUGGCUAUAAGGAGGGCAGCACCAAGCCCCGUCGCAUGACACGUUCGAUCAGCGUCGUUACCAAGACCGAAGUGGAACAGCCGCUCACGGAGAAUAAUGCAAAUAACCGUUGCAGAAAUUUCUGGCUACAAUAAAACACACUCAAAAUAUAUGUACAUAUACUCGUAUAGGCGUGAUGGCCGGGCCCAAAAGGCAAAGACGCGGCAGCAUUCCGUGAUUUAUGUGACAAAUGAAUUGCCGCCGAGAAAACCAUGCAUGCUAUUCGCAAAAUCAAAACUACCAUAUUUAUAUAAUUUCUGUUUAUCAAAUGUCGGGAGCAGUGAGCCAGCUUUUGUGAGGGAAUGGAGAAUACGGAAUACUCCUAAAACAUGGUUCAAAUCGAUUCCACCCAACUUGAUGGUGCGAUGGCGGAACAACACUGACGCCAUGAUUGAAGCCCAGUAUCCGACCGCUGGAGAAUUCGAAUACAUGGAGUGUGGACCGUCGCCGCCGGCGGAGAGUGCGCCGAGCAUGUACGACAGCUUCGAGGAACCGACCAGCGAGCUGAGCGUCCAGAUAUGCAACGAUACGCUGCGGAUCAGCCUAAUCGACCAGAUGAAGAGCGCAGCGGGCCGCGUCAAGCUCUUUGAGGACAUCGAGCAGAGCAACGUGGUGGCCGAGGGCAUACGAACGCACUUUGAGUCCGCCUCAAAGCUGGAGAAGAAUCUCUGCUACCUGUGGGCCGCGUACCUGAAGCGCUGGGAUCUGAUCGAGAGUCUGCUGGAGGCGGGAGCCGACCUGCACUUCUGCGAUCAAAAUGGAAUAUCAGCCUUGCACCUGUGCGCCUUUAGUGGCUGUUUGGCCACCUUGGGCCUUCUGGUGGCCAAGGGCUUGAAUGUUAAUCUGCAGUCCAAAUGCUACACGCCUCUGCACUGCGCAGCCUUUGGAAAUGCUGCGGAGGCGGCAAAGUUACUGAUCAACAAUGGGGCGGACAUAUCCAAGGACACCAGCAAGCCGAACUGCGAGGAGAGCCUGCUGCACUGCGCAGUGCGAUCCAACGCCCUGGAGUGUCUGCAGAUCUUUAUUGCCGAAGGCGCCGAUGUCAACUCGCUCAAACCGAAUGGCACCAAUGCCAUUCACCUGGCAGCUGAUCUGGGCAAUCUUCAGUGUCUGGAAGCCUUGCUGAAUGCCCCCAAUGCAGACGCCAAUGUGCGUAUCUGCAUCCGUGAAAAGGAGUCCACCGCCUUGCAUCUGGCAGCAGAUGAGGGCAACGUGGAGUGUGUGGACUUACUCCUGGCCAAAGGUGCUGAUGCCAAGCUGAAGAACCACCGAGGCUUCACACCGCUCCACCUAGCAGCUAGAACUUCCAGUCUGGAUUGCGUUGAAUCGUUGUUGAGGAAUGGUAAUGCCGACGCCAAUGCCGAGGACUUCGAUCACCGUACUCCACUUCACGCGGCGGUGGGAAAAUCCGAGAACGCCUACGACAUCAUGGAGACUCUCAUCCAGUGGGGUGCCAAUGUCAACCAUAAGGAUAUUUACGGGUUUACAGCUCUUCACCUGGCUGCGUUGGAUGGGUUGGUACAGUGCGUCGAAAUGCUAAUAUUUCACGGAGCGGAUGUAACCACCAAAUCGAAGAAAGGUACCUCCGCGUUGAACGUUAUUACCCGGAAGACCCCGGCUUCGGUGGCUAUGAUCAGACAAAAACUGGACGCAGCCAUAACGCUGCACCACUCGCAAGACCCCGUGAACCGUGAGGUGGAAUUGGAGCUGGACUUCCGUCAGCUGCUGCAGCACUGUCAUCCGCGCGAGAUCAGCUACCUAAACACGUUCGUCGACGAGGGCCAGAAGGAGAUCCUAGAACACCCGCUUUGCUCCUCGUUCCUGUACAUCAAGUGGGGCAAGAUCCGCAAGUACUAUAUUGGCAGGCUGAUCUUCUGCUUCAGCUUUGUGCUCUUUCUCACUCUCUACGUGCUGACUGCUUUGGCCCACAACUGCUACAAUGGUAGCAAGAACGACAACACGACUAUUCCAGCGCAGGAGUUAUGCCAGAAGCAAUCCAUCUUGGGAGACAUGCUUAGGAACAACCCCUUUGUGAUGGAGAUGCAAUGGUGGGUUCUGGUUGCAAUCACCAUAGUGGAGAUAUUUCGAAAGCUAUAUGGCAUUACGGGCUACUCGUCAUUUCGGCACUACGUAACGCAGGUGGAGAACAUUAUGGAGUGGUUCGUGAUAACCAGCGUGUUUGUUAUAUCAUAUAUCUACACGAACAAGACGUACACGUUUCAAAACCAUAUAGGCGCCUUCGCCGUGCUGCUUGGUUGGACCAAUCUCAUGUUGAUGAUAGGCCAGCUUCCAGUGUUCGAUGUCUAUGUGGCCAUGUACACGAGAGUCCAAGGGGAAUUCGCAAAGCUGUUUAUGGCCUACUCCUGCAUGCUGAUUGGUUUCACCAUCAGUUUCUGUGUUAUCUUUCCAUCGUCGUCGUCGUUUGCCAAUCCGUUUAUGGGUUUCAUAACAGUGCUGGUGAUGAUGAUUGGUGAACAGGAUUUAUCGCUCCUGAUCAACGAUCCGGAAGGCAAAGAUCCACCUUUUCUGCUAGAAGUCAGCGCACAAAUCACCUUCGUUCUGUUCCUGCUAUUUGUGACCAUCAUUCUGAUGAACCUCCUCGUAGGCAUAGCAGUACACGAUAUCCAGGGAUUGAAGAAGACGGCGGGACUAUCAAAGCUAGUGCGACAAACGAAGCUAAUCAGCUACAUAGAGUCGGCGCUAUUCAACGGCUACCUUCCGACAUGGCUGCGGAACUUACUUCAUUACACAGCUCUGGUCUCUCCCCAAGCCUAUAGAGUGGUUUUAUGUGUCAAGCCACUGAAUCCCAGCGAGAAACGCUUGCCCAGAGAAAUCCUGAUGAAGGCUUAUGAAGUGGGAAAGAUGCGCAAGCAUUUCGGUCAUACUGUCUCCUCAAAAAACUCGGCCGAAAACUAUUUGUCGUACAAGAACAAGUAUAACAACAAUAAUGGCGCCACGACCGGAUAUGUACUACCCGAUGCGGACCCGGAUGCCGGGCAAUUCACCACACUAACCACAAAGAUCGAUGACAAUGCUGAUCGGAUCGAGUUCCUCACCCAGGAGAUCCAAGAGCUAAAGCAGGCACUCAUCUCGCAGCAGCAGCAAGCCAGCAAAGUGAUCGACAAGCUGCUGAUUGUGAUCUCCAAUCAGCAAAAGCAGAAUCUGCGCAAAUAGCAGGAGCAUUUACUGCACCCCAUUCGUAAUAUUUAUAGAUCAAAGUUUGACUUUUCCACGACGUAAGGGGGUUGUGCAGAUCCCAAAAAAAUCCAGAACAUUGUUGAUAUUAUCGUAGCAACGAGUUGUAGUUAAACCAAUUUAGAUAUCGAUGCGCCAGGCGCCCUAUAGAUACGCUAUAUAGCCAUAUACCCUACAUACACUACUAUUGAUACAAAUACUAUAACUAGCGUUUAGUUAAACUAGAGGCGAGCAGUUGGCAGGAUUGAUUUGUGGCUGGUUCCAGGCUGUGUCUUUGUUGUUUUGGCGUUGUCGUCAGAGAAUCGUUUAUAUAAUAAUUCAAUGCAAAUUAUUAUUCUUAAUAAAGUAUAUGCUAUAUAUAUUGUUAUGAAAAAA